AUGUUUUUCGAGAUAGCACAUACCUCUCCAAACCAGGUAGCGAUCGAGCUCAAUGAACAAACAUGGACAUAUGGCGAACUAUUGAUGAAUGUGAUCUGUAUCGCUCAUCACCUUCAACUCAAGAUAGGUGAUAUUGUCUACCAAUAUGUUGAUCGUAGUUUAGAGAUGGUAUGUGGACUAUUGGGAAUCAUGUGUGCUGGUGGUGCAUAUUGUCCACUAAGUUCUACAGACCCACCUAUGUAUGUUCGUGCCUUGAUUGGUGAAAUUCAAGGUCGAUGUGUUCUCGUUCAUGAAAAUACACGAGAGAGAUUCUCAAGUAUGAUUAGUGAGCAAAUAAAAAUGAUCAAUCUUGAACAUAUUUUACUAACUGACAUCUCGGAAGAAGUUGCUGAAAAAAGUAAUUGA